AUGCACAAUUUCAAUUGUAAUUUUAAAUCAUCAAACAAUUAAUUCUAACGAGUUUCUGUCAAUGUUUUUUUUACUCGCCAUGUUUGCAAUUUUUAUCUAUAUUUUCCGUGUCCGCCGGUUGCCCAUCCCUUAAUAUAGUUCCUCGUAAAAAUGGUCGUUCGUUGCCGUAGCAAUGCAAUGGCCCUUCAAAAACAUCCUUGACCUUCGUUCGUGACUAAUCAACGUGUUUUCAGUACAUCUGUCGGUGUUUUUAUUUCACAAUAUUUUAUAUUCUUCCAUCUAUACUUCCGCGUCCACUGUCGGGUUCUGAUUUCUACAUUCUACUCAGUUCCUGUUAAAAAAGUCGCCAUUCUUUACCAUAACAACGCAAUGGCCUUUGAUAAGCAUCCUUGAUCUUUUAUCGUGGUCAAUCAACAAUGAUCAUUCAAGUUUUUCAUGAUUAUUUGUCAAAAACAGAUAAACUUCAAAUUUGAGUAAUCAAACACGGUCGUAAAGGUCAUAUAAAAAAAAUAUUACCGUUCAGACUUGCUUUAUCCUGUCCCCGAACCCCCGAGCGAUCUAGCGAGAGAGAACACAAGCAAUCUAAAUAUUGCCUUUGGCUUGUAAAGGAUCUGACCAAUUAACAGGAAUUAAGAAAUUAAGGAAAUAUUACCACAUCCACUAUUUUAUUGGUUGUUAUUUCUGGUAUUUUAACCUCAAGGCGAGGUCCAACGAACAUUCCUGAGGGCAUCAAUCGGCCAAUCAUCUCGCGAAUGUAUCGCGUCAUCUAAUAGGAUCAUUGAAUUUGGACAUAGGCUGUUUAUAUCCGAUUUUAUCUGCAUUUAAACAGAGCACUCGAGUCAAGAUUUACUGUCAUUUCCCUUGAGAUUACUUACCAGUUGUGUUUGAUUUUGCUCGCGCGCGAUUUAAGAAUGAGGUUUACGACCAAGGUGUCGUCUUCGCAGGAGGCUAGAGUUACUAAAUCGGCGAUGUCCGAUCAGACUUUUACAUUUUCCGUGAAAAAAUCAGAGGUGUCUAAUGGAGCGGCUAUCACGGGUUCGGAGAGCGAGGGAGCUGUCGGCGGAGAACCGCUCAAAAAAUCAAGUACACUCAACGUUAACCGCGAACAAAUUGAAGAUUUCACCAGCGUCCGCGACAAAAUCUUCCCUGUGAUUAAAGCGCGCUCUUGGGUCGACGCCACGAAGGAUUUACUCGUCAAAAUUGAUCCCAAAAGUAAAGCGGGUGUCUUAUUCACGCCAUUGAAGAACAUUCCGGGUACAAAACUUGGCUACACGCUAGCGAUUGUUAACGACAGUCACCGCACUGAUUCACUUAACUUCAUCUUGACGAGCCAUUUAGAAGCUUGGACCACCUCAGAGAGUGUUCUGCAGGAGGUGGCGCUAAAAAAUUUGGAACAAAAGCUGGACAGUCUCGGGGAAAAUCUCUGGAUGCAAAGCAAGACAGGUAUUCACUACAUUGAUAAUUUAGGAUCGAUAUCAGCAUCUGUUCUCUUACUCCCGCGUUUCAUAGCGCGGUUGGAUGUAGAAAACGGCGACGCUGUGAUUGUUGUGCCUUCCAGUGAUCUCUGCAUGGUUGUAGGGUCCAAAAUGGAGACACGGCUCUGCAUCGUAGGAGAAAUGUCUCUUCGAUAUUCCAGCGACCCGCAUCACUUGAACGCGAGACUUCGUUUGAGUAAGUCAAGAAUGAUAAUCGCAAAUUACACACCGAAAUCUUACGCCGGAGAGUUUCCCGUUCCGUCGACGCUCGAAGAAGUCGCUGGCCUAAAACUAAGGGUUACCCCGAUUAAAAGGAAAAAAUAAUUCUUAAAAAUGUAUCUUUGAUUAAUAUUUUAGUGAUGAACACUACUAGAAAGAACAAAGGCCACACAAUGGGCUUUGUAUAAACACUUGAGGACAACUCCGUAAGUCGUCACGUAUUGUAUCACGCACUGUGCUUACGUUGGUAAACUAAACUUUGGAGAGUUCUUAAAGGAAAUAAAUUAUGAACCAUGUUUGCAUUG